ACAUGCUUAUCUCAUCGCACACAGUAUCCUUUCUGCUGGUCUCCAGCAUCUACAGACGUUAAAGGCCCAACAGGAGGGCCACCUUCACACGAGAUUCCGAGGGCCUCGCUACCCGCCAGUUCCUGCGCCUCGGCAGUCCGCCGCGAGCGUACGUCACUCGCCCGCCGCCAAUCGGCGCCCGGCAGGUCACCUCUCCUCCCAGGGCCCGCCGCCCCGCCCGCCGCCCAGGCCGAGGCCGCCAGUGCCCGCCGGCCGCUUCCGCUCUCGGCGCAGGCGCUGCAGCUUGGCCAGAGCGGAGGGGGCUCGGGAGAGGAGUGGACGCCGCUGGCCAGGAUGGUGCUGGAGAGCGUGGCCCGUAUCGUGAAGGUGCAGCUCCCUGCAUAUCUGAAGCGGCUCCCAGUCCCUGAAAGCAUUACCGGGUUCGCUAGGCUCACAGUUUCAGAAUGGCUUCGGUUAUUGCCUUUCCUUGGUGUACUCGCACUUCUUGGCUACCUUGCAGUUCGUCCAUUCCUCCCGAAGAAGAAACAACAGAAGGAUAGCUUGAUUAAUCUUAAAAUACAAAAGGAAAAUCCGAAAGUAGUGAAUGAAAUAAACAUUGAAGAUUUGUGUCUUACUAAAGCAGCUUAUUGUAGGUGUUGGCGUUCUAAAACGUUUCCUGCCUGUGAUGGUUCACAUAAUAAACACAAUGAAUUGACAGGAGAUAAUGUGGGUCCACUAAUACUGAAGAAGAAAGAAGUAUAAUAAUAAUAACAAUAUUUUCUCAUUCUUUGUGUAUAGAAAAUUUUAAAAUAGUGGUCUUAAUUAUUACUACUGGUUGAACAAUUAUUUCUUCCAAUUUAUUUUCUUCCUGCACUACUGUUUGUAUUUGAUCCUUUGUCUAUUCAGUCACUUAAUUAGAAAUUAAAUUGUCAAGCCUCUUAUUCUGACUUCAAAAAAUUAAUGUAUCUUCCAACAAUAAAAUCACUUCUGAUUUUAAUCUAGGAAAACCUAAAUUGUGGCUAUGGAUCCGAAGCUGUUUGUUUCUUUGAAUAUCAAUAUUUUCAACAGGAUCUUGUAUUUAAAAUUCCCACCUACAUUGUUAAAUAUGUUAUUUUUUCAUAUCUCUUUUGGUUUUGAUAAUCUGAAGUGUUUUUUUCUCGUUUUGGCCUUCCAAACUGCAUUUGGUUAGGUGAAUUAAGAAAAAUAUUGCCAUCAAGAAUUACUUGUGUUUUCACAGAGAUAGACUCUUUGCUUUAUAGAGAUUGUUGUGUAUUUAAUAUGAGUAUCCCAGCUUUAGAAAAGAAGUAAACUGGAUACAAAAAGUUCCAUUGAGGAACAGUUAUUUACAGUAUAAAAGAUUUGUUUACUUUACAAAAGGCUUGUGUCUGUGUGUGUGUGUGUAUAUUUUAAACUGUUUGACUCAGUGACAGCUGGGGUGGAAUGGCAAGAACACUUACAACCAAACUCAUGGGCUGCAAUUUGAAGAUCAAUUGGUAAUAAACAUAAGACAUUAAUUCAUAUUAAAAUAGUUCAGUGUUCAAAAUUGUGUUUAUGUGGACAUUUUUCUCUUUUUAACACUAUAAACCAUUAAAAUACAGUCAUCCCUUGUAUACGCUGGGGACUGGUUCCAGGGCCACACAUAUACCAAAAUCUGCCCAUACUCAAGUCCCACAGAAAGUCUUGCAGAACCCAUAUGUAGAAAAGUUGGCCCUCCAGUUGACCCUCCGUACACAUGAGUUUCACAUCCCAUGCACAAAUGCUGAUCUGUGUGACCUCACCUGCAUUUGAUUGAAAAAAGUAUGCGCGUAAGUGUACCCACCCAGUUCAAACCCGUGUGUAAGGGUCAACUGUACAAAAAAGUUUGUGAAAUAAACGUACUGGAGAAUCUUUAAAA